AAACGACACGUCGUUGGCUAGUAGACGCAAAGAACGGAGUGGUGUGGUGCAAAAUAAGAAGCAUUGGUUCCUCUUUCUCAGCGAUUGAGCGAGAAAGCAAAGACAGUCAUGGCGUCGUUUCUUCAAUGGUUUCUGGAUCCGAAGAAGAACUGGUUCGCCGCUCAGCACAUGAAAUCCCUCUCCAGACGGCUUCGCAAAUACGGGCUCCGAUAUGACGAUUUGUACGAUCCUUACUACGAUCUAGAUGUGAAGGAGGCGCUGAAUCGGCUUCCGAAAGAGGUGGUGGACGCUCGCCACGCGCGUCUUAAACGCGCCAUCGAUCUUUCCAUGAAGCACGAGUACCUCCCUGACAAUCUUCAGGCAAUGCAAACACCAUUCAGGGGCUACCUUCAGGAUAUGCUGACUCUUGUGAAGAGGGAGAGAGCCGAACGUGAAGCAUUGGGAGGUUUGCCCCUAUAUCAACGAUCCAUUCCUUGAGUGCAUUAAUUAUUUUGAUUGAAGUGGGAGGUUUAAAUUGUAUUGAUGUUGUGAUAGAAUGUUUUCUUUUAAGAAGAAAAUAUGGACAGCUUUGUUGGUAUAAACUUUAUAUGGAAUGCAUUUUUUAAUGGUAUCAACUUGCCGCAGGCAUUUUAUAAUAAAUGGCAACAAUAGACUUUUCUUGCCUUGAAAUUUA